UUUUUCAGAAGCUACAAAAACAAGCACUUCACCUGAGAGAUCCGACAAUGGAAAAGAAGCUGGGAGGCCUGAGGAAGAACCCAACACCCCUAAGUCCUGACUUUGCAUUUCGGUCUAUGCUACCAGCUUCUCUGAAAGGCCAAAGUGACCCUUUCAAUUACAAUGAAAGGGAAGCGGAGCUAGAGGCUGAAGUGGCAAUGUUAAGGAAAAAGACCGAGGCGCUUGACCGAGUCAUCACGCCACUGGAAACAAACGUGAAAUGUCAUCAACAUUUCUAUGACAGAGAAAUUUACAACAUAAGGAAGUUCAUCACAAAGGUCGAAAAAAAACCUUUGGAUGCGAAAAUAAUGUUUGAAAAUGCCGUGAAGUCCAAACAGGACUGCAGUGUUGCACUGGAGAAGUUGUUGAAGGAAACGGUGAUCUUGAAAAGUGAAUUUGAGAAGGCUGAGGAUGUCCUGAAUAGACACAAGAGUUACAAAACCGUAUUGCUCAACCUUGCCCCUCCAGAGUGGCGGGAAGCCAAGGAAGCUGAACGUCUGAAAGCCAAAGAUGCUCUGAAGGAACACAACUGUGAGCCUGAAGAAACUACAGACAAAAAAGGUGAAGAAGCAGCCUUGAAGUCCGGUCCGAAAGGAACGCUGCCUUUGGAGUCCAAGCUGUCCGUGCCAGAGGGAGAAAACCAGCUCACAAACUCCAGUGUGCUCAGUGGCGUCGGCGAGGAGGAGAAGACAGCAGAAAUCUAUUUCACUGAUCCUUUCGACGUUGUGGUUCUACAGUCAGAGUUAACAGACCAGGUCCUGUUUCUGAUUGAGAACGCCACAGAGAGGGAUAGAAUGCUGGAGCAGUCCUUGGAGACCACCCUGGCUAUAGUGAAAGAGGAUGAGAAAAAGCUCACGAAGCAAGAAAACAAUUUGAAGAGCAGGACUGAAAUGGAAAUAAAGAGAGGUGUGGUUCUCAGAAAGCAGGUUCAGCUCCACAAUUCGUUAAAAACACAAGACCAGGAUAUCAUGUUAGAGGCUCUGAGUAGGAAGGUAACAGAAGUUCACUCCUGCUGCGUGGAGAGCCGACCACUCAACCUAGCAACGUUGGAAAAGCUCUGCAGUAUUGAGUACCGUAUGGUUGGGUUGCUGCAGCAAAUUGAGAACAUCCCUGAAGAUAUGUUUCAGACACUGUGGAAAAUCAAGGAUAGUGAAAGGAAGGCCAGAUUGCAUGAGCAAAAACUCCUUGAGGAGAGGGAGAAGCAGAAAGAAAAGAUGAACAAUUGCAUGAGACGAGUUUACAGAGAGGCCAAGAGAUAUACUGGAAGAAAGCUCAUGCAAAGAUGCAUUCCUGUCCAAAAGAAGGCAGAAGUCGUGGCAGAGCCCUCUGCACCUGUGGAGGAAGACCCCCAUGCUGAGCUCUUAACCGAGGGCUGGGAAUAAGAUUAAAUACUUGCAUAUGAUGUUUUUUUUUUUUCUUGUGCUGAAUUAAAACUACACUCAGAGUGAAAAGGAAGUAAUCUGCCU